CAGCUCAAUCGAGUCCACGACGUGCACAAAUCCAGUAAAGUACUUGUUAAUAGCUCAAUUGCUUCAAUCUCUCCGACAAUGUCUUUCGCAAGAUCCGCCUUUGGAGCUCUUCGCUCCGCACGCCUGUCCAUUGGUGGCGCAAGAGCCCAAUUGGUGCGCCACUCGGCCAGACGCGGAUACUCCAGUGGCCAUGGGCCAGAGGCUAGCAGCGACCUGCCAUGGGCUGCCGGAGCUGUCGCCGUCACCGUCCCUGCUUGCUGGUACCUUCUCAAGGAGUCUCCCGCCGAAGCCCACCACCUUCACGUUCCCCACAAGGUAGAGGCACACGCGGAGCCCGAGGCUGAGGCUGAGGAGGAGGCAAAGGAGGAGGAGACCAAGGAAGAAGCACCCAAGGAAGAGGAAUCCAAGGAAGAGGAGCCAAAGGCCGAGGCCGAGGCCGAGGCUUCCACCACCGACAACGAGGAGGAGAAGCCGAGCGCUGAUGCUUCCAAGUCGGAGGACGAGGGAAAGGAUACCACUGAGGCUGCCGAGAAGCCAACUACGGAUGCCAAGCAUUCCACGGAUGUUGGCGGAGACUCCGAUGUCAGCCAGAAGGCCGAAGGAACCCCAGAGACAUCGAAGUCCAAAGAUACCGUCGAUGUGUCCAAACCUUCGAACUAAUCGUCUCGUUAGGUUGCCGUGGCUCAUAGAUAAAGUUGGCCAUCCUCCAGAAGCAAGGAGACCGAUCGGGGGCAUUGAAGAUUUGUGGCAUUGUCACUUGGCGUCGGUCUAUUCCUGUACAUACUGUAUAACUCAUAUUUGAAUCAUGUGUGCUGGAAAGCUGGUUGCCAACAAAGAUGCGCCUGAAGUUCUGUUUCCCUCUUACAUGCUUGUCGAUGGGUGUACUUGCCCUGCAGAGCUUUGAGAGGCCGCUAGAAGCGCUGCUAGAGCUUUAUUCAUUUACGUAUGGGCAUGACAUGUUUACUUGUCGCCCUCGCACUUGCCUUCCAAUAUUUUCCAUCUCCGUCGCAGCUUCCGUUUAUAUCCAACACCCUUGUUGCUUCCAUAUAUGUGACAGACAGAAUACACGCUGUCGCGAACUAUUCUCCUUGCGAAC